GACGCAAGUGGAUUUUCAACUUUCUAUUAAUAUUUCACCCUCGACUAAACUUGUGUUUGUGAUUUUUUCAAAUUUCCUCUCUUCGCUGCCUCGAGAUUCUCCUUCGCUUGAUUUCAAGUGUGCAUUCUCUGUUCUAUUACUUUUCCUCGCGGUGCAGAACUCCAGCUCUUUCUCUUCCGUCCUCUCCCGUUUUGUUGUUGAAUUCAGGGGUUUUGCGGGCUUUUCGUGAUUAUACUGUAACAAUGGUUUGACGUUCAUGUAGAAGACAAACAACUGAGGCCCUAUGUGCGCUAGUUAGCAGGAAGUGAAGACCUAGCCGCGGAGAUCGUGAAGACGUCGGUGUGAUCAAUUGCUCCAUCUGAAUCGGGAUCUCCCCAUACCUGUUCUCUCCGAUCUGGGUGUACUUUGGUUGGAUCUCCUAGCAGAUGUGACAUCAUCUUUUUCGGAUUGGUUACAAUGAGACAGGGACGAGAGAGAGGUUUGUUUGGCGCCGUGAUCCUUGUGUUGGCCAUGUUAACAUUCCUGGGCAGCGCGUAUGCCGCGCAGUACAUUGUGGGAGGAGACGUACCCAAAUGGAAUUAUCUUCAUGCAACCAGUAAACCCUCAUUUUAUCAAGACUGGGCAGACACCAUCGCUUUCAAGACCGGCGACACUCUCCUUUUUUCUUACGACAAUUCAACGCACAGCGUGUAUCGGUUGGGAACUGCAUCAGACUUUACUUCUUGUAAUUUGGGGACCGUUAUCCCAGGGGGUUCGUUUCAUUCUGGGCAGGACAUUGUGUUCCUUAGCACUCCUGACACGUACUACUUCGUAUGCGGAGCUCCAUCUCAUUGUAAACAAGGCAUGAAAUUCGCGCUUAGUGCUACUGGAUCGCCUAUAAGUGCACCCCCUCCUCCACCUGUUGGAUCAGACGCUGCUGCACCCGGUAGUCAAGCUUCACUGACAGUAACCCGUCCUGGUUCUGUGUCCCUUUCAAUCUGCAUUUCUGUGGCUGCAUUUGUUUCUAUUUUUCUAUGAAGGGGUGCACAAAUCAUUAUUCGAAUUGGGCUACCUACGUGCUGAUCAGUGGGGGAGCUCAUGCAGUCAUUCCGUGGUAUCACCACAAAGAAUGUAAACCUUGCUGGUUUUCUAGAAACCUUCAAGCUUCUGUGAGACAUCGAUGAACACUGUUGGAGUAGAUUUAAGCGAUCUGACUAGUAGAUCUCCAGGAGUAGAAAUGAGCACCAAACUCCAGUAGAUCUGCAACAAAAUUUUAGUACUGGCAUUGUCAGAGGAAUUAGUUGGGAUCGGCACAAUAGAUCUCUGACGCCUUGUACACUUGUAUGUGUUAUAUACAUUCACUUAGGAAUGAGUUUUUAUGCACCUGAUCAUCUUUAAUAAAUUCAUCAGUCGAUUGUAGCUUGGCAGGUUAA